UAUGGAACUGCGCGGACAGCAGUCCACUCCGGCUGAGCUGGUGUAUCAUGCCACCGACGCCGACGAGGAGACGCCCAGUGCGCCGGCCGCCACCAGCGCCGCGGACGCCUCCUGGACAUCCGACAACGCCAACCGGAUUGACAUCGACGUGGAAGUGGAGCGGCGCCCGCAGGCGCUGGCCGAGCGGCGCCUGGAACCGGUCGUGGCCCACGUGCAGGCGCACGAGCACGUGCACGGCGAGGCGACGUACCGCGUGCUGGGUGCGGUGCCGGCGGCCGGCAGCGGCCGCAGCAUGUACGUGACGGUGGCGCUGGCCAGCCUGGCGCUGACCGUGGCGCUGGUGGCCGGCGCCGUGGCGCUGCGCCGCCGCCAGCGCGCGCCCCACCGGCAGGGCUUCACAGAAGUGGACCAGGCGGUGACGCCCGAGGAGCGCCACCUGGCCCAGAUGCAGGUCAACGGCUACGAAAACCCCACCUACCGGUACUUCGAGAGCAAGUAGACGGCGCCGCGCCGGCCCGCGGCCCCCGGUCGGCGCUGCUGGGCGGCGCAACCGCGGCUUACCACGUGUGGGCGCGCCAGGGCUGGCACCGCGUAGUGCUCGUCGCGUCGGUGUCCGCCGAUUCCGUUCGGCGUUCGAUGUCGAACUUGAGCCCUCGCUGUGUAGUGGCCACCGAUGCGUCAGUAGAGCAGCAGAGAGCUACUGGUCACGUGCUAGCUAGCCAACCAACCAUGUGUACGGCUAUUAGGUCUAUUUGUGCAUAAGCUUUUCAUGUAGUGUUGCUACUGCAGCUGGCAGCUGCUAGUGUGUAUGUUGCAUUCAUUACGGACGUCUGGCAGUUUCGUCUUGACUAAUCACCUUGCGCCAGAGCGUGCCAUAUUGUGUCAUGUCGACGUGACCCUUUUACCGGCCUCUAUUGACGUUAGGUGGAAGACUGACGAGAUUAGUGAGGCUUUAACGGAGUUUGACGCGCCGUGUCGUAUGUGGUAGCUAAUUGACAUUCCUACACGUUCUGUUGGGCACCAACUGCGAUCUCGACUGCAGUAUGUAAAGCUUUUAGGUGCCGCGGCCCAGGCUGCUCUCUUUUAUAGUUUUACAUUUGCUUUAUUUCUUUUAAGAUCGCGAGCCCUUUACGCUCGGCUUUGUUCAGGGUGCGGGUGAGGCGCACGUCGGGCUUCAUCGGUUCGUGCUCCGCCCAAGAGCCCGUGCCGCUCGUGGUGGUAUCGGUUCGCUCCGUCGUCAAGCGUCUAUACUCGGUACUUCCCUUCGGCUCUGACUUGUAAUAAACGCACCCAGUCA